AUGCUCGCCCGCCAGAUCGCUCAGCGCAACGCCUUCGCGGCCGCCCGCCGUAACUUCUCGACCACACGUCCUCAGUUCAGCUCGCCAUACCACUACCCAGAAGGCCCACGAAGCAAUAUUCCAUUCAACCCGCUCACCCGAUUCUUUGCUGUGAGAUACUGGACCUUCAUGUUCGUUGGAUUUGCUACGCCGUUCGGCAUUGCUGUCUGGCAGACAAAAAAGAACCAAUAG